AUGUUGAACCAAUUGAAUAAUACCGAACGAACAAAUGAUAAUUCUUUUGUUAAAUAUCGUGUACAAAUGACGGAAAUUCAUCAACAAAAUAUAAAAUCAUCUGUAGUCAAUAAAUCUCAUCGUUGUGCCAAGGCUAAAUGUAAUCGUUCAUUGCCAUGGAAUCAUCCAAUAUCAUAUAGUAAUGGUUUGUGUGAACGACAUUUUUUUUCAAUUGAUCUUUCAUCAAGCGAUGAUGAUGAAAUUAAUAGUAACAAUAAUUUAACUAAUAAGUCAAAAUUAUUGUCGAAAAAAAGCCACAUCUAUUCAACAAAUAAUCAAUAUCAACCAUCAAGAGGUGAUAUUCGAAAGACGCGUGAAAUCUUUGAUGGUCAUCAAUGGUGUAUGAUUGAACAAACAAUUGAUUAUGUAUCAUCGAUAAUCAGUAAUGAUAAUUUCGAUUUGAUAACAACAAGAAAAUAUAAUGAAGAGAAUUUAUUACAAAUUCUUCAUUUAUUAUCAAAUUAUCAAACUGUUAAAGAUGAAUUAAAAAAACAACAACAAAAUAAUUAA